AUGGUACUGGAAACAUUCCUCAAAGAGUUUGGUCUAUAUCUACAUGAUAGCAUCGCGCAGAUGUUGCAGAUUUGUCAGCUACACAUCCAUGAUACGAAUUUCCGCUACAUCCCAAAGAUGCUUUUAUGGCUUGAGAUCUGGUCCCGCACGGAUGUGGUGUGCUGUGUUGUUUUUUUCAUCUUCAUCUUCGGAUACAUGUUACUGGGAUUUAUUGCCUGGUUCAGCAGCGAUCCCAAGAAGAUUGCAUAUCCAACAGACAGCUACGGGAAGAUCUGUGGUGAGAAGGAAAAUAUGAACAAAACAUUUUUGUACUACAUGAACAUGUUAAAAUGUGUUAGCAUCGAAACAGUGUUUAACUUCGAGUGUCCUACAGUCCGUCUCUGUGUCGAGAAGUGCCCUGUCAAAUAUGAAAAACUUUCAGAAGCCAAGAAGGAUCCAGAGAAAUGGAAGAUUUACAAGCAAUACUGCAAACCAGAAACUGACGAGAACAACCCGACAACCCCACAACAGAAAACGCUUUUAGAAACUGGGCAGAUCUCAUCCACCCCAGAGGCUUCCCCACCGAGGAACUUUUUAACCAUCUUAGUUACCUCAACACCAGAUAUAGGAGAACCUGCCUCAGAGUCCCUGUGCUCUGCCUCCUCAUGUGAGGGCGUGUCAGUGGAGUUGAGGAAGUCUACAAAGAAUUCGGCAAACCGACUCACAUUCCGAGUCGAGAUCGCCAGCUCCCCAUCUCCACUUUACAGAGAGUUGGUGGUGCACUGCAUUCCCCUCCUGAGACCCCAGAUGGUGGACCAAACCACUAGACCAGCAUGCCGCUUGGCCAGCCCGUACCCAUCAACUAUCUCUGGAGUCCUGCAGGCCAAAAAGUCCCAGUACGACUACGUUUUCAUCAGCUUGACGGCAUCCCUUACUGCUGUAUACGACCCUCAUUGCAAAGGACGACUGCCCAGCGAAUCUCUUUCCAAGCAGACCUUGAAUGGCACCACAGUUUCUGAAAAUUUUACUUCGAAUUUCGUUGAGGAUUUAGCGCUUUCCUGGAAAUGGAUUCUGUUAUGUCUUAUAUUUGCCUUGCUGGUCAGCCUGUUUUUUAUCCUGAUGCUGCGCUUCAUUGCUGGUGUGCUGGUGUGGGUCUUCAUCAUUGCUGCCCUUGGUUCUAUCGGCUAUGGUAUCAUCUACUGCACUUUGAAGUACAAAAAUCUUUCUGAGACGGAGGGUGGAGACAUCACCAUCUCACAAAUAGGCUUCCAGACAGAUGCUAAUGUUUACCUGGACCUCAGCGAGACGUGGUUAAUUUUCUUGAGUGUGCUGUCUGUGAUCGAGGGCAUACUUUUGAUUGUGCUGAUUUUCCUGAGGGAGCGACUGGCAAUCGCCAUUGUGCUGCUGAAAGAAUCAAGUAGGGCCAUCGGUUACGUCAUGUCUGCUCUCAUCUUCCCCAUCUUCACCUUCUUGCUGUUGAGCAUAUCCAUCGCCUAUGGAGCUGUCGUAGCAAUCUGUUUAUCUACAACUGGGGUCCCCAUCUACAAGAUUUUGCCUAAAGAUGGUUGCGUGUUAGAGAAUGAUGCGUGCGAUCCAAAGACAUUUAAUGAAUCAACCAUGACCGGCAAGUGCAGUGGCUCCAAGUGCUUUUUCUCUCACUACGGUGGCGAGAACUUCUUCCAACGCUACACGCUUGUCUUCCAACUCUGCAAUGUGUUUAUGUUACUGUGGCUGGUCAACUUCAUCAUCGCGCUCGGCCAGUGCACUAUGGCUGGAGCCUUUGCUUCCUACUACUGGGCACUGAGGAAGCCCAAAGACAUCCCUCCUUGCCCGAUCGUCUCGUCUUUCAACAGAGCCAUAUAUUACCACACAGGCUCGCUGGCCUUGGGUGCCCUCAUCCUCUCUGUGGUCCAGAUGAUCCGCUUAGUUCUCGAGUACCUGGAUAAAAAACUGAAGGGUUCCCAAACGGCUUUUGCUCGCUUCAUGAUGAGCUGCCUCAAAUAUUGUUUCUGGUGCCUGGAACGUUUUCUCAAGUUCCUCAACAGAAACGCAUACAUCAUGAUAGCAAUAUAUGGAAAAAGCUUUUGCACCUCCUCCAAGGAUGCAUUCUUCCUCUUGUUGAGGAACGUUAUUCGGGUGGCUGUUCUUGACAAAGUGACAGAAUUUGUAUUAUUUCUUGGAAAACUGCUCGUUACAGGAAGUAUUAGUGCACUUGCAUAUUUCUUCUUCUCCAAUCAAAUACCCCUUGGCAAAAUCAAGGUGCCCGUCUUAUACACUUACUGGGUCCCUGUGGUGGUGGUGGCAUUGGGAUCAUUCGUAAUUUCGAGUGGCUUUUUUAGUGUUUACUCCAUGUGCGUGGACACAUUGUUCCUGUGCUUUUGCGAAGACCUAGAGAGGAACGACGGAUCUGCCUCCAGGCCCUACUACAUGUCUCCGGAGCUGCGCAAAAUCUUGCACAAAGAGAAUGAGGUGGAGAUGUAUGAGUCCGUGUACGAGUCCGUGUAUGAGUCCAAGCAAGAGUCCAUGUACGAGUCUGAGUCAGAGUCCAAGUCAAAACAAACUGAUCAAUGA